AUGAAUGCGGCGGGCACAGCACCGCGGGGGAGCCCGACCCGGCACGGCAGGGGAGGGAAACAGGAGGGACGAGCAGGGAAGGCGGCACGCACAAGCGGCGGAGACGCAGCCGGGCACGGAGCGCGGAGGGGGGACGAUGGGAGAAAACGCAACAAGCGGGGACCCCAGCCGGGCCGCGACGCGGGGAAAGAAGCUGAGCAUAAAGGGGGGCGGGGAACGGCCGGAGGCCGCACAACAGAGAAAGGGCGGCACAGGAAGCAAAAAGAAAAGGAAAAGCAGGCCAAGGAAGGAUUGCGAGCGCCAAGGACCGGCAGGCACAAACACGCCGGGGAAGCGGCGAAAAAAGCGCGGAGGGGCGCGGGGCCCACCGCCACCGCAAAGGGAAGGGGCGCAGCCGGGGAACGGCAGGGGCCGAGAGCGCAUCGGCUGGAGGCGCAAACGACGAAGGAGCGGGAGCAGGACGAAAGGGCGGAAAGAAGCGGAACAAGGCGAACCAAGAAGGGGAGCGCAGAGGACACAGGCCGGGGCGGGGCAGCAGGGGGGCCGCAGCUGGAGGCCAAAGCGGGCGCGGGGACGACGGAGGGCGAAGGAGGAAGGAGAGGGCGGGACAUAGGGCCAAGGGAGCGGGAAGGGGAGCGACCGGGGCAGGGCAGAGGGCGGGGGGCGCAGGGGGGCGAAGCCACACAAGGCCGGAGAGAGGCGACAGCGCGGGGCGCAACGGCGAGGCGGCGAAAGAGCCCGGGGCUGCGGGAGCGGAGGGGAGGGAUCGGGAACGGCAGCGCAAGGGGGGACGUGUUAGACCGAAGAAGAAAGGGGGGGGCUAGGGCCGACUACGAAGAGCCCAGGAGGGACGGCUGCAGCGGGCAGCCGAGGAAGUGCCUGGGAGGGACGGGAGGGGAGAGGCAACAGGGAGCGGGCAGGGAGGGCGAACGACGGGGCCCGGGCGGGAUAGAAGGUCGAGGAGAUGGGGCGCAGAAAGACAGGGGGAGGAGGCGGCGCAGGAGAGCUCGAAAGGGGGGCGCGAGCCAGGACCACAGCGAGAGCACGCACAGGGCGGCGCCACGGGGCGAACGCCGCGCCGCGCAGUCGCCGAAACAGGGCCGCGGGCCAGAAAGGAGGGGCGAACGCAGCCGGACGGCAGGGAAAGAGGGCGCAAGAAGCGGGAGCAAGCAGCAGGCAGGGGAGCAGGAGAGCGCGCGCCGAGAAACGAAAACGGCGCAAGAGAGGCCGCGAAAGGAGGGAACAAGCUACGCCGGGGGCGAAGAGCGAGUGAGCGGAGCAAAACGCGAGAAGCUGAAGCGGGAGCAGAAGGCAGACAGGCCAAGAACCCCGCGGGGAAGCGAGAACAGCACGGCAAGCGAAACAGGCGGACCGCAGGGGCGCCGAAAGCAGGAAGAAAGCGGGAAGCAGAAGGCGAGGGGAAAAGGGGGGAAAAGCGAAGAGAGGCGAUAG